CUCUCCUUCUUCUUCCUCUUCCUCUCUCCUCACUGUUUCCAUCACUUCUCUCUCUCUCUCUCUCUGCGGCAAUGGCGAUGGCAGAGCUCUCGUCCUCCAAAACGAUGUCGUCGUUGUCUUCUUCUUAUUAUUCUUCUCAGCUUCGUCUCUUAGCGAAACGGCGUAGCAUCUCGAAUCGCUGUCUCGGGGUUCUUUCUCCCCUUCACCGAACUCGAAACGCCGCUAUUUCUUGCUCUGUUUCUCAAAACCAAGCCCCUGUCGCUGUUCAGGAAGGAGAGCCUAAAAUCAAGAACGACUGCUACGGCGUGUUCUGUCUCACUUAUGAUCUCAAAGCUGAAGAAGAGACGAGAUCCUGGAAGAAAUUAAUCAAUAUCGCGGUUUCAGGUGCUGCAGGAAUGAUAUCGAACCAUCUACUCUUCAAACUCGCUUCCGGUGAGGUGUUUGGCCCAGAUCAACCCGUGGCUCUGAAACUGCUAGGAUCGGAAAGAUCGUUACAAGCUCUUGAAGGGGUUGCGAUGGAGCUUGAAGAUUCAUUGUUCCCAUUGUUGAGAGAAGUUAGCAUAGGAACAGAUCCAUAUGAAGUUUUCCAAGACGUUGAGUGGGCUCUUCUGAUCGGGGCUAAACCUCGAGGGCCGGGAAUGGAACGAGCCGGCUUGUUGGACAUAAACGGAAAGAUAUAUGCCGAACAGGGCAGAGCUCUUAACGCGGUCGCCUCUCAUAACGUCAAGGUUAUGGUGGUGGGAAAUCCUUGCAACACAAAUGCGUUGAUCUGUCUAAAAAAUGCUCCGAACAUACCCGCGAAGAAUUUUCAUGCCUUGACGAGGUUGGACGAAAACCGAGCAAAAUGCCAGCUUGCCCUUAAAGCCGGUGUCUUCUACGACAAAGUGUCCAAUAUGACCAUAUGGGGAAAUCACUCGACAACUCAGGUUCCGGACUUCUUAAAUGCCAGAAUUAACGGGUCGCCGGUCAAGGAGGUUAUCAGAGACCACAAGUGGUUAGAAGAAGAAUUCACUAAUAUCGUGCAAAAGAGAGGUGGUGCGUUGAUACAGAAAUGGGGCCGAUCUUCAGCAGCCUCAACCGCUGUUUCUAUCGCAGACGCCAUAAAGUCCCUGAUAACUCCGACUCCCGAGGGUGACUGGUUUUCGUCCGGGGUGUACACAAAUGGAAAUCCUUAUGGCAUUGCAGAGGAUCUUGUCUUCAGUAUGCCAUGCAGAUCAAAAGGCGAUGGCGAUUACGAGCUUGUCAAGGACGUAAUAUUCGACGACUACCUUCGUAAUCGGAUUGCCAAGUCGGAAGAGGAACUAGUAGCGGAGAAGAGAUGUGUGGCACACCUCACUGGCGACGGGGUAGCCUAUUGCGAUCUUGGACCGGUGGACACCAUGCUCCCGGGUGAAGUUUGAGGCUUCAGACCACGUUGAUGAAUAUCCGUCAUGUAAGAAAAUGGAGGAGUUUCUGUGUGUGGUUUUGUUAGCUUUGUACAGAGCAAAGCCAGAUAUCGCUUUGAUCAUUCCGAAUAAGGGCGUGAACCACAUCACUUUGGACGUUUUUAUUCACAUAAUCACUGUCUUAUUAUUUAUGAAUAAGGGGUAAACGAUUGUUUUCAUAAUAGACAUCAUUGUAUUGUA